UGUGUUACCGUUUGAGAGAGAGACAGAUGAACAAGGAAGAGAGGAGAAAAGAGAAAGAAUAUUUUUUUAUUCAACCAGGUAUUUAUUUAAGAGAAAAUAAUGGUUUGGAGUUGAUAUAGUGUUCUCUAAAUUAAGAGAAUUACUGUAGCAACUCCAAAAUUUUUUUUGGAGAAUUUGUGUGUUUAAAGAAGCUGCUGGAGUGUGAACAGUAGCCGUUGGUGGUCCAAAAUUAGCUUUACAGUGAUUGUUGGAGAUGCUCUAAAAGCCCUACACUUCUCAAUAAAAACUUAUGUGGCUAUACAAACUUCUAAGUUGUAAAUCCUGUCACCUCACUAAACACAUGGCAGUGGUUUCCUCAAGUUUGCUUUUCCUCCUCUCUGCCAUUUUGAUUCCCAUUCAGGCUUCUGCGCUGCUACCCUACCUAUUCCCACCUACUUGUAAAAACAAUUCUGGUAACUACACCAGCAACAGUACCUACAGGACAAACCUCAAUCAAGUCCUUUCCUCCCUCUACUCCAACACCACAAUUGAUUAUGGGUUCUACUAUUCCUCUUAUGGCCAAAACCCUGACAAAGUAUAUGCAAUUGGACUCUGUAGAGGAGACGUCAAUCCAGAUGACUGUCGUGGUUGCCUUAAGAACUCUUCCAUUCUUCUCACACAGGACUGUCCCAAUCAAAAGGAGGCAGUAGGGUGGUGCGACCAAUGUAUGUUACGUUAUUCAAACAGCUCCAUUUUUGGCAUCAUGGAUACUUCCUUUCAUGUCCUCGUGUGUGACAUGCAAAACGUAUCUGCCGAUAAUCUAGCUCAGUUCAAUGAUGAUGCCAAUAUGUUGUUGAAUAACCUAACAAGUGAAGCCGCAGCAGGUGGUUCUCUUCGCAAGUAUGCAGCACGAAGUGCAAUCACAACAGACUAUAGAAAAAUAUACGCACUUGUGCAGUGCACGCCUGAUUUGUCUGAGCAAGACUGCAUUAAUUGCUUACUUUAUGCUAUUGCAGCUGUUCCAGAUUAUUGUGCUGGCAAGGUGGGUAGGUUAGUAGUUCUAACCAGCUGUAAUAUCAAGUAUACGGUCCACUCCUUCUUUGACUCUACUGCAGCUUCAGCUCCAUCAUCAACCAAUACCACCACUUCUCCACCAUUAACCAAUACCACCACUAUUUCAGAAGGGAAUCCGAGCAACACAUUACGGACUGUCAUAAUUGUAGUUGUGGUAUCUGUUGCCUUUGUUGUACUAAUCGUCUCCAUCUGCAUCUGCAUCUAUUUGAGAGUGAGCAGUCCAAGGGAAAAAGCAGCAGAAAAUAUUGAUGAUGAAAUUCCAAGCGUGGAAUCCUUGCAAUUCGACUUUAGCACAAUUAGUGUUGCGACAGACGACUUUUCUGAAGCAAAUAAGCUUGGACAAGGUGGAUUCGGGGCUGUUUACAAGGGUACGCUCUAUAAUGGACAAGAUGUCGCAGUUAAAAGAUUAUCAACAAAUUCUGGACAAGGAGAUCUAGAGUUUAAGAAUGAAGUUCUAUUGGUUGCCAAACUUCAGCAUCGUAAUUUAGUUAGACUCUUAGGGUUUUGCAUGGAAAGGAAUGAAAGACUUUUGAUAUAUGAGUUUGUGCCAAAUACAAGCCUUGAUCACUUCCUUUUUGAUCCUAUCAAGCGUGUACAUUUGAAUUGGGAAAUGCGUUGCAAAAUCAUAGGAGGUAUUGCACGAGGGCUUCUCUACCUUCAUGAAGAUUCACGGCUUCGAAUUAUUCACCGUGACCUUAAAGCAAGUAACAUACUUUUAGACGAAGAAAUGAAUGCCAAGAUUUCAGAUUUUGGCAUGGCAAAAUUGUUUUUACUAGAUCAAACUCAAUCAAAUACAAGUAGAAUUGUGGGAACCUAUGGAUACAUGGCUCCAGAAUAUGCAAUGUAUGGCCAGUUUUCAGUGAAGUCCGAUGUCUUUAGUUUUGGUGUGUUAGUGUUGGAGAUAGUAAGUGGACAGAGGAACAAUUGUGUUCGAAAUGGAGAGAAUGUAGAGGACCUUCUAACCUAUGCAUGGAAUAAUUGGAGGAAGGGAACUGCUUCACAUAUUAUUGAUCCCACAUUGAGACAUAGCUCAACAAUUGAAAUAAUGAGAUGUGUCCACAUUGGCUUACUAUGUGUUCAGGAAAAUGUAACAGAUAGACCAACCAUGGCUUUGAUUGUGCUUAUGCUUAAUAGCUACUCUAUCACUCUUCCGGUACCAUCCCACCCUGCAUUCUUUAUGCACAGCAACAUUGAAUCAGACAUGCCAUCAAAUUGGGAGCAUAAUUUAGACGUGGCAAGGUCAGAUCAUUCCAAAGGCCAUUAUGUUCAACACUCAGCAAAUGAGGCUUCUAUUACUGAACUAUAUCCUCGUUAGUGCUUUAUGGAAGUUACAAAUAAGAUGGCAUAUUUUGAAAUUUAAUAUUAAGGCAUAUAUAUAUAUAUAGAGAGAGAGAGAGAGAGAGAGAGAGAGAGAGAACAAUUUUUUUAACUAUCAAUAUGUUGAUUGAUUUGGUUGUCCCAAAGAAAAUAAAAUGGUUUGUACCAAUCCUAUACAAU